AGACAGGACAGCAAAUAUUGAAGGAAUUAAGCUGUGAGUCACAGGCUGGACUAUGAAAGUUCAAGGUACAGAUAUGAUUCUCCCACUUCUUGUUCUUGUCAUCAUCGGCACAGUUUGGGGACUCGACAAUGGGCUAGCCAGAACUCCGCCCAUGGGGUGGAUGUCAUGGCAACGAUUCCGUUGUAUUACUGAUUGUGAAAAUGAACCAAAAAACUGUAUCAGUGAACAGUUAUACAAGGAUAUGGCUGACCGACUGGUGUCAGAUGGUUAUGCUGCUGUGGGCUAUGAAUAUGUCAACAUAGACGACUGCUGGAUGGCAAAGGAGCGUGAUGCCAAUGACCGUCUCCAAGCUGACCCAAAGAGAUUUCCUAAUGGAAUAAAGGCUCUUGCUGACUAUGUUCAUGGUAAAGGCUUAAAAUUAGGAAUCUAUGAGGACUUUGGAACACACACAUGUGGAGGUUACCCAGGUAGUAAGUUCUACAUGCAGUUGGAUGCUGAAACCUUCGCCUCGUGGGGUAUAGACAGUCUCAAACUGGAUGGUUGUUACACUGAAACAGCUGAUAUACCCAUAGGCUACCCCAUCAUGGAGCAGUUUCUGAAUUUGACAGGAAGGCCGAUUCUGUACUCCUGUAGCUGGCCAGCAUAUCUUCAGAAACCAACCUAUCAGGCCAUUGCCAAGAGCUGCAACAUAUGGCGUAACUAUGGUGACAUACAAGACUCGUGGGGUAGUGUUGAGUCUAUCAUCAACUUCUACGGAAAAGAUUCUGGAAAUUUUAGCAGUGUUGCAGGACCAGGAAACUUCAAUGAUCCUGAUAUGCUGAUCAUAGGAAACUUUGGGUUGAGCUACAACCAGCAGCGUGUUCAGAUGGCCAUGUGGUCGAUAAUGGCCGCUCCUCUACUCAUGUCUAAUGAUCUACGAAAUAUUCGGAAAGAGUCCAAAGAUUUAUUGCAGAACAAGGGUGCGAUUUCGAUUAACCAGGAUCCGCUCGGAAUUCAAGGAAGAUUGAUCCAUACCGCUGGUAAAAUACAAGUUUGGAAUAAACCAAUAACACCACAGGGAAAUUUUGCAUUUGCAAUACUGAAUUUUGGUGAUGGAGGACCAGGGUCACUAAUUUCCGUGAAGGGAGCCACCCUUGGCCUGGUAGAUGAUCGGGGUUACAACAUCACUGAUGCCUUCACUGGAGAGUACAGGGCUGCAGUCAAACCAAACUCAUAUUUCAACCUGACAGUGGUGCCUUCCGGUGUGUUCCUGGGUAAAGCGUACCUCCUGAAAUAAAUACCAUAAUUAGACAUUUUCACUUAGUUUCCUGUAGAAAUUUCUGUUAAGUAGAAAUCUGCAUAAGUUUGAGACUUAAAUUAUUUAACGAGAAUUAAGAUUAUUUUGGAUAUCUUUUCAAAUGUUCCUGGUGACUAUAAAAUUUGUGAUCAGAAAAAUUUGUAUAAUUAAAAAAUGAAAUCUCAUUUGAUUAUGGUAUUGAUACCCAAAAGUAAAAUUGUCCUCUUUUAAUGCUAAUUGAUUUAAUUAAUUUUCUUCAUCUGAUAAUUUCGUACAGCUACUCGUGAAAAAAAAAAAAGAUCUGUCCCUUCUGAUUGGCUGUAAAUUUUAUAAAAAAUCCCUUUUUGCAUAAGCGAUCAUUCCUGGUUCAUUAUAUUUGGAACUUCAAAUCCACAAAGCUAUUUGUUUUGAAGACAAUGACAUAUUGUGUAUUGUCUCUUGUUUGUUGUGCAAUACAAUUUUCACAAAUAAAGUCAUUUAAGAAGAUCUGUGAUGACUGAGGCUCAAACGAAGAGAGAUAUAUAUACUAUUUAUCUUUUGUUUUAUGUUUUGGGUCAAAGCAACAUUUAUUACUCGCUUGAUAUUUUUCACAAUGUAGAUAAUGGGUCUGUCAGACAGAUAGUGUGAGAUUUUGUCAGGUUUUGCCAUAUUUGACUUUUCUUUAUAUAAUAUAUUUAUUUUUAUAUUAUGUACCUUAUUUGUGAAUCAGAAACUUGCAAUAUGUCCUCAUGUAAAUCUGUUACUGGCUGGUCAUACUUUUUUCCCUUUAGAAGUAUUCAUUUAAUACGCUAAUGUUAAACAGUAAGAUACAUACAUCCUGAAAACAAGCUGUAACCUAAUUAACACGAAGUGAGUAUUUAUAUGAAUGGAGUUGGGGUAUAAUGAUAAACAAACAGUACUUCUAGUAUCCGAUUUUUAAAUUAGUUCCAAAAGAAUUAUUAAUUUUUAGUUAAAAUUUUCAUGUAGAUGCAGCAAAAACCAUUUCAGUGUCAUCACAGGUAUUUCAAAUUAUUUUGGUUGAGAAUUCCGAUAUCUUAGAGAGAGUUGUCUCCCUUCACUCUGUUCAGAGAAAAGUUCUAUCUAAAAUUCUUUCUAUCAAUUAUUAAUUAAUUGAAGCCACACAAUUUACAAAUAUAUCAGGAUGAUUGUGUUUUGACUGUAAAAGCUAAUAUAAAUGAUUCAGUAAAAGAUAUACACACGUGUUCCAGACCAGAAAUGGUAAGUUAAAGGGACGUUCCUUCAUUCAGACAUCAAAAACAUGCCAAAUUUCUAUUGAUAAAAUCUAUGCCCCAAUGAGGAUUAUAUGAGUUUUAGUGCCUACCAGUAAUGAAAGUAACGCUGAAAUGUACAGAAAAAUGAUGAUACGUACACAAGUACUGUCUGUCUUUGCUGUAAUAAGUGAUAUUUCGGGUCGAAUUGAGAAUUUUAAGGAUUUCAUACUUGAAGCACCUUGGUCUCCCUUGAGAUUAAAACUGCUGUACAUGUAUUAAUGUAAAGAUUAUAACUUUUACUACUUGGGAAAAAUACACAUUUCUCAUUAAGUUUCAUUUUGGCGACCUACACUUUAUUCAAACGAAAGAAUGCCCCUUUAAUGAAUGUGAAUACAAAUGGUAUGAUUAUUUAUUGAAAUUUACUGAAGUUGAAUUUAUCCAUAUGAUGAUUUAUUUUUUGGUGAACCGUUUCAUAUUUAACAAAUAGAUAAAAUCUAUGGCUCUGUCCUCUAGAUACAGAUGUCUGUGCUCUAGGGGUUUGAUAGACAUUUGUCAAUUUGUUUACUUGAUUGUCAAAAGAUUGCUUUAUUUUAAUUAUCAAUUUCCUUGAAUUUUGUCCAGUACAAAAAUGUAAAAGUUGUGCAUAAUCUUUACAAAAUUUAUCAUGGACUGUGAUCUGAUUGUUCAUGUGUGAUUAUGUCGACUACUUCAGUUUUAUUUUGAAAUGUUGUUAUGGAUAUGUACUUUUAUGUUUGUAUUUUCUGAUUACACUUCUGAACAUUCCAGCAAUUGGCAUAGUAACUUAAAAUUACUGACAUCUUGUACUAUGAAGCAGACACAGAGAGUGAAAGUCUUCUUAUUCUCAAAAUGUUCAUGAAAUAUAUGUAUACAUUUAUAUUUUCUAUCUAUGUUUACAAUGAAAUAUCUUAGAUAUCAUUAAAUCCAUUUUGUUCAUUUUUUUUUUUUAUUUUGUUAGUCUGGUAAAAGAAUUAUCAAUAUCUUAAACUUUGGCCUUUUAUUAACCUUACUCUAGGUUAGUAUUUUAAUAGUUGGGUUAAUAAAAAUCCAUGUUCACCUCAACCAAAGAUAAUAAUUGUUUUAUGUACCUGCCUUUAUUAUUUACUUAGUAUAUAUGAUCUGGAUGUAGAAUUUAGAUCUGAAAAGAGGACCGUUGGUCCCUUGUAUGUGUGGGUAUGAGGUAAAUAAAUUUGUAAGAGAUUUAAAUCCAUAUUCUGUAUUUUGUCUCCGCAAUAAAAUAAUCUGGAAAUUGA